ACAUCAGCGACAAUGCUGUGCGGGAACACUUCUCUGUCUGCGGAGGCGUGGUAGCAGUGCGCGUUGUGAGGGACAGAAGGACCGGCUUGGGCAAAGGCUUCGGCUACGUGCUCUUCGAGAGUACGGAUGCCGUGCAUCUCGCUCUGAAGCUCAAUGAGAGCGUUCUGACAGGAAGAAAGAUACGAGUGAAGCGCUGCGGGGAGAAGUGGAAGGCGCCGCAGAGCAGUCCGGGCCCACGGCGUGCUCCGAAGGCCAGGGCCGAUGCCGCGUUAAGAAACCAGAAGGACUCCGCCGAUUCCUUCGUCGGCGACAAAGCAAACCCGCUCAAGAAGAGCGCGAAACCAAGAAGACCAAAGACUAUUCCUAGAGAUAAAGCGGGGAAAAACAGACCGUCUUGUGAUUAA